AUGUUUAAAAACUGUGUACUAUAUGAAUGGAUUCCACAGAAUGAUAUUCUUGGCCAUCCCAAAACCAGAGCUUUUAUCACUCACUUUGGAACUAAUGGGAUCUAUGAAGCUAUUUACCACGGGGUCCCUAUGGUGGGAGUUCCCAUGUUUGGUGAUCAGCAUGAUAACGUUGCUCAUGUAAAAGCCAAAGGGGCAGCUGUUGAAGUAAACUUGCAGACAAUGACAAGUUCCGAUCUGCUGAAUGCUUUGAAGGCAGUUAUCAACAACUCUUCCUAUAAAGAGAAUGCUAUGAGGUUAUCAAGAAUUCACCAUGAUCAGCCUAUGAAGCCCCUGGACCGAGCAGUCUUCUGGAUCGAGUUUAUCAUGCGCCACAAAGGAGCCAAACACCUUCGGCCAGCGGCCCACGACCUCACCUGGUACCAGUACCGUUCUUUGGAUGUGAUUGGCUUCCUGCUAGCAUGCGUGGCAACCAUUAUAUUCCUGGUCACUAAAUGUUGCCUAUUUUGUUGGUGGAAGUUUGGUAAGAUUGCAAAGAAGAAAAAGAGAGAGUAG